AUGAUUGAUGAGGAUUCAAUAUCAGUUGUUAUUACGGCUUCCAAGGAAGUAGAGACCAGUGAUGCAGUGGAAAGUGAUGAAAAUGGUGCGAAAGCUCAGGCAAAGGGUCAUAAGUAUACAAUGUAUACUGUUUUUGUGCGUAAUAUCACGACGGGUGGCAAGUGCGUGGUCAGGAGACGAUACUCGGACUUUUACAAGCUACGCAAGGAGCUGAUGGAGCUUGUGUCCUGGGGUCAUUGUGGCUUCUGUGAGCAGUAUUUGCAGCAGAUUGAAGAGUACCCUUUUCCACGUCGACGAUUGCUACGAUCAAGUCAAGCUGCAGUUGUAAAGGAACGCAUGGAUAGUCUUGGAUUGUUUCUUCGACACAUGCUGCUGUGUAUUAUGGCGCGCAGUUUCGAGAGUUGUUUCCAGGCGUGCGAGAAUAUUGAGAAUUGUAUUUUAAAGUCAUUUCUACAGAUGGAAGAGACCGAGAGUUUGUUUCCCACUAUGACGUCGAAGCAACGUCCUAUUGAGAUUAUACAAGCUAUGGAAGAGAAGCGACAACAGCAAAUUAAAGCUGCAGGACUUCGCACAAAGAGCGUGGCAUGUGCGACAGUGCCAGAUCAAAGUAAUCAGUCCAUGUUAUUACGUCAUGAACGCCAGGUAGGUAUGGAUACGUGUCAUCAUUGUUUGCAAAAAUGGACGCAUUGUUAUUGCAAUAGCGACCAGGACAGCGUGUAUCCUGUCAAUCUUGUUACAGGAGAUAACAGUGAGAUUCCAGUAAAUGAUCGUCCGAGUGUUUCCAAGGUCGAGAGUACUGCAAGUCGAUGUAGUCGUUGUGAAAAGGAUUGGAACCAGUGCUAUUGUUGCCAGCAAGUGUCUCCUACAGUGUCGUCUGUAUGUACAGACCAUGGAGUUACAUAA